AUGCCCGUCAAUACUCGAAGCCGCAAAAAGACCCCACCUGGAGUAAUCAACCUCCGCGGACUCAAACGGCGUCAGCAGCUGGAAGCUGAACGAGAUCAAGCUGACACUCGCCGCCGUAGGCUAGAGACUCAAACUUCAAAUCAAACUCAACCGAACAACCAAUCAUCCAAUCAGCCCCAAAAUCGGUCCCAACAAUCACCUUCAGAAGCGCUUGAAUUGGAAGAAAUUACUGUCCAUAACUAUGGAGAUCAGAAGAAAUUCUGGAUGUUGCAACAAAUUGAGGAGCAAUUGAAGUCACAGACCGCUGAUAAUAACUCUCGUCCUAAUCCCCUCAUCCUGGCCGAAGCAAAAGCGCUUCACGAUGCUUUUCAACACUUGCUUCACAUGCUUGCAAUGAUUGGACAAAUUCACCUCAACACACUGAAAUCACAUCUCGGUAUCGCAGGCGGAACUCGGGCUACGCAUCCAUGGAAUCGAUUCCUAGCCUUUGCAAAGUUGGCUUACAAAAACCCUAUGCCCCUGCGGGGCGCUCCUGACGCAGGUCCGGUUCUAGCCAUGCGAAACCAAGCCAACCGUAAAGCAUACGACAAGUUGAACGAUGACGAAUACGCCAUAUUCACUUCGCGCAUCUUCCACGCCUUGGGAGGCUAUCCCGACUAUUCAGCAAUCAAUGUAGAAGAUCAUGAGACUGCCGGGGACUGCGAAGUCCUGAUCCCCGAGGUGCCCGCGCUUUCACCGGAAGAGGAAGCGCUGUAUCGUCCUAUAUACGACAAGCUAGUCGAUUCGGCAAAAGUUGCAAAAGAUCGGGAAAGAUUCAAGGCUGAUUCACCCAAAAAAAAAAGAAAGGCUCUCCCUCUGAGCGUUCAAGAAGAGGGUUCAACAGGUAUGUCUCAUUUGAAACUCUUUGACCUAGACCAUUUAUUCUCUUUAUCUUCAAUCUCUCUCCUCUUUCUGAUUCAUCUCAUGUUACUUGUCCUUCACCAUGAUGCCGCUCUCGCCGACUUCGACUACUACACAAUUGGGUGUAGCAAGACCUUGGGAACCGGUUGGUGUGAAGAAUUCACCUCUUUACCUGAGAUCAGCACCUGGAUGGACGAGCGAAUCAAAUUUCAGACAAUCUUUCCAAUCUACUCCCAAGCCAGACCCGAAAUCAAGGAAAUUGAAGCGGCUGGCGCAGCUGCCGCGGCAGGCAACAACACCAAUACCAACAAAUUCACUUGUCCUCCAAAUAAGUCAGACCGCGAAAGUACUGAGCUCACAAGUUUGUUGCUAGCACAGACCAAGGCACUUGACAUUACUCUCCCUACUAGAGGUUUUCCACGAGGUCCAGAUCUACCGGCUGUGUUUGAUAAACAUAAAAUUAAUCUCAAAUUUCUCCGCCAUACACAAUCAGCGAUGUCUAUCAGCGAGUUCAUGCUAGGAUUUGAUGGCAUGAAAACUCUUGGUCGGCGACAUUGGCUUCAGGACAUCAAGGAUCAGAAAUUUAUGAUGGUCACAAAGGACUCUCCUGUGAAUGAGCCUUGGUCGGUCCUGGGAGGCGAAAUUCAAGAGGGUGAUGAUGGUAAUGGAGGUAAUGGAGCUGCACCUAGUGGCGAUGGUGGCGAUGUUGGAACUGGUGGAGGAUUUGGCUCCGGUGGUGAUAGCAAUGGAGUUGGAGCUGGUGGAGGAGUCGGACCCGGCGAUGGUGGCGAUGUUGGAACUGGUGGUGGAGUUGGAUCCGGUGGUGAUAGCAAUGGAGUGGGAACUGGUGGUGGAGUCGGACCCGGUGGUGAUAGUGAUGGAGUUGGAACUGGUGGUGGAGUCGGACCCGGUGGUGAUAGUGAUGGAGUUGGAACUGGUGGUGGUGAUGGUGAAAUAGGUGAUCAAUGCGUUCACUUAUAA